AUGCAAAUCGAGAAUGCCUUAUGGGACCUAGGUGCUAUUGUUAGCCUUAUGCCAUAUUCGGUAUACCAAAGACUUGAGCUAAGGGAACUCUUACCUACUAACAUCACCUUGCAAUUGGUCGAUAGGUCAAUUAAGUUACCUAAGGGUAAGGUUGAGGUUGUCCCUUUGAGGGUUGGAAAAUUUGUUAUUUUGGUGGAUUUUGUGGUGAUUGAGAUGGACGAAGAUGCUAGCAUUCCUAUCACUGUGAUAGAAUUUGACUUGAAUGAUAGUAUGAAGUAUCCAAGUUAUUCUUUAGAAAAUUGCAUGUUCAUUGAUUCUCUUGAUCAUGCUGUGUCUUCCAUGCAUGAGAAAUUUCUCACUUCUAACUAUGCUCUUGAGAAUGUUUUGUUGAAUAAGGAAAUGAUAGGUACUCCUAGCAAGGAGAUGGUUUUGUAUGAAGAUGUGCUCAACGGAGGCCUUGAGGGGAUGUUUAAGAGAAAAUGUGUAUGA